AUGCACCUUUUUGUCUGGGCCCUGUGGUCCCUGCUGGGCGUUCUCGGAGCCGUCGCCCAAGCAGCGAACGUGAUGGAAGUCAACCUUGUUUUCCCACGCAACGAGACAUACACGACCGAUCAGCAGAUGCCUGUCAUCUUUGCCAUCCGCAACGCGCAUCUCGGCCCACUCCUCAAGCCCACUGUCAGGUAUCUGAUCUACAACAACUCGGACCUCGGCCAAUCGAUGCCGCAACACGAACAUCAGUUUCUCAACGCCAGUUGGACUGAUCACGAGCCCUACUUUGUGUACACCUUCCUCAACAUGACGGUCGAGGGCUCAUAUCGCGUCCUUUGGAUCACCAGCUGGGCGCACUGCAACGGUACUGGCGAUAGAAUGCGCUUCAUAUCAGACGACAAGACUGAGCUGCUCGACUUCACGAUCCAGAAGGAUACUCCUGCUACCGACCUUGUUGCCUUGACUCUUCCUGGUAGGGGCCAAGCCUGCAACGCCUCUCCUGGGGUCACCAUCAGCAUCACCAACGACACGCUCGCUGCCCCCUUCCCACAUAAUGGAAAUUGUGCGGUGAUGGACCCUGUCACACCUGUAGACGCGAGCUCAGAUCCUUGUCAACUGAGCAUUGAUGAGGCCACGGCCGAAAGGAUCCAGACUACUAUCCAGGAGAGGUUGUGCAGCGGGCUCAUCUCCGAACGCCCAGCCGACUGCCCGGUCAACGAGAAUGCGGCUCAGCCGGGAGCCGCUCAGGGGAUGUGGUGUCUUGCGGCUGUUGGUGGGACCAUGGGACUCCUCCUGGCAUAA